CUGGAUUUGAAUCCUUCUCAAUCUACAUUCUCUCCUCAAGCCUACAUUUUGAUCUUCUCUUUGUCUGUGCCUUGAUUUAGUUCUGCUACUGUGAAUAUGGAGGUACUACUGGGUAUUACUGGAAAGGACUUUGUGAUCCUUGCAGCAUCCAAGGCUGCAACGAGAGGCCCGACUAUCAUCAAGGCAGAAGAUGACAAGACACGACAACUAAACAAGCACACACUCAUGGCUUUCUCUGGAGAGGCGGGAGAUACAGUCCAAUUUGCGGAGUACAUUCAAGCAAAUAUCUCUCUAUACACAAUGCGAAAUGACACGGAACUGAGCCCUGCGGCUGUUGGAAGUUUCGUUCGAGGAGAACUGGCACGCAGUUUGAGGUCACGGAGUCCUUACACGGUAAACUUGCUGCUUGGUGGGAUGGACCCCAUCACAAACAAACCAAGUUUGUACUGGGUGGACUAUUUGGCAUCGUUGGCUCCAGUGCCAUAUGCCGCGCAUGGCUAUGCUCAAUACUACUGUCUGUCAAUUCUUGACAAGCAUCAUCAUCCCGAUAUUUCCUUCGAGCAAGGUCUGAAGAUCCUGGAGAUGUGCACAGACGAGCUUAAGCGGAGACUUCCCAUUGAUUUCAAAGGGGUUCUGGUCAAGGUUGUUACAAAAGACGGUAUUAAGGAAGUAGACUAUGACAACAGCAAGCAGGUCCGGAGUGCUUAAUUCAAGUCGGUCAUCCCCAAAUGCGCGGUGGCAUUGACUUCAUGAUUAUCGUUGGAUUUCCUUUCUCCUCUGAGGUAAUGGUUUUCGAAAAUUCAGGUUGCAUGACGGGUAUUUUCUGUAGCACUCCAUCUACGUAGACGAAACGAUUAACGUAUUCCACUAGUGAGUGGCCACCACCCACGAGCGGCCACCUCUCCGCGUUUUGGACGCGACUGAAAACCUCACUCAAUUCAAUCACCAGCCAUGCCUCCAAAAGCGCG